AGAGACCUGAAGUGUCACAGCAGUUGUCGUCUACCUGAUCGUUCUUCCUACAUCUGGUACAGAAAUGGAGAGAAAAUUCAGUCACAAACAUCUUCGACUUAUUCAGUGUACUUUAAUUAUGCAGACAGUUUUUCCUGUGCUGUUGAAGGACAUGAGGAUUUCCCCUCUCCUCCAGUGUGUGUCGAUGGUCAAAUCUGCAACAGAGUGAUUUACACUGACAGAAGCAUCUGUGCCUCCAAAGGCUCAUCAGUGGACAUUUCUUGCUUGUACAAUAGCCUUGAUUCAAUCAUGUCCAAAUUCUGGUUCAGUCCUCAUCAUAGUUAUCAGUGGCAGAGUCCUUCACAGCCUGAGGACCUUAGUGUAGAUUCCCAGUUUGCAGGUCUUGUUCAGGUCCUUGAAUCAGAGAGAGGACGCUCCACUCUGAGAAUCACUGACCUGACAGAGAGUGAUUCAGCUCAGUAUCACUUCAAGUUUACAACACAAUGGUUUGAGUGGAGGAGUAGUUUACCUGGUACAACUCUGACGGUCACAGCUCUGCAGGUGCAGGUGACCAGAAUAACAGUCCACCAGUCUGAUACUGAGGCAGAGCUGAAGUGUCACAGCAGCUGCAGUCCAGCUGCUCGUCUUUCCUACGUCUGGUUCAAGAACAGACAGAAAGUCACAGGGGUGGAGACAUCUUCUUUUAAAGGCCGGGUUUAUCCUGGAGACAUCAUCUCUUGUGCUUUGAAAGGACAUGAGAACUACGGCUCUCCUUCAGUCUAUGGUCCAAAGCUUCCCUCUGUAUCAGUGAGUCCCUCUGCUGAGAUAGUGGAGGGCAGUUCAGUGACUCUGACCUGUAGCAGUGAUGCUAACCCAGCAGCUAAUUACACCUGGUACAAGAAGAAUGGAGAUCCAGACCUUCAACCUCUCAGUAAAGAUCCAGAGCUUGUCUUCAGCUCCAUCCAGUCCUCUGACUCUGGAGAGUAUUACUGUACAGCUGAGAACCAGCUGGGGAGGAGGACGUCUGAAUACAUCUAUGUUAAUGUGACAUAUGGUCCAAGACUUCCCUCUGUGUCAGUGAGUCCCUCUGCUGAGAUAGUGGAGGGCAGUUCAGUGACUCUGACCUGUAGCAGUGAUGCUAACCCAGCAGCUAAAUACACCUGGUACAAGAAGAAUGGAGAUCCAGACCUUCAACCUCUCAGUAAAGAUCCACAGCUUGUCUUCAGCUCCAUCCAGUCCUCUGACUCUGGAGAGUAUUACUGCACAGCUGAGAACCAGCUGGGGAGGAGGACGUCUGAAUACAUCUAUAUUAAUGUGACAUAUGGUCCAAGACUUCCCUCUGUGUCAGUGAGUCCCUCUGCUGAGAUAGUGGAGGGCAGUUCAGUGAAUCUGACCUGUAGCAGUGAUGCUAACCCAGCAGCUAAUUACACCUGGUACAAGGAGAAUGAAGACUCACCAAAAGCAUCAGGACAGAUCUUCACCAUCACUGACUUCAGAGCUGAACACAGUGGGAAUUAUUACUGUGAAGCCCAGAACAGAAGAGGACGUCAUAACUCCACCUUACAGCUGAUUGUUGUGGCAGCUACAUGGAAGUUACCAGUUGCUCUCUCGACCACUGCUGUUAUUCUGAUCUUCAUGCUGCUCUUGGUCUUUUUCUGCAUCAGAAGAGUGAGGUCUUCACAACAGCAGUCUGAGGCUGACGAGAGACCAGACAACAGAGCACAGCAGACAGAAGAACUUCACUACGGCAGCGUACGAUUCAUACGGACCCAGGCAGACACUCUUCAUUCAGACUUCAGCCCAGCUCGGCCUCACAGGAACGAGGAGGAGAGUGUUGUAUACGCAACUACAAACUUCAUCAGGUCCUCAGGAAGAGUGAGGUCUUCACAACAGCAGUCUGAGGCUGACGAGAGACCAGACAACAGAGCACAGCAGACAGAAGAACUUCACUACGGCAGCGUACGAUUCAUACGGACCCAGGCAGACACUCUUCAUUCAGACUUCAGCCCAGCUCGGCCUCACAGGAACGAGGAGGAGAGUGUUGUAUACGCAACUACAAACUUCAUCAGGUCCUCAGGAAGAGUGAGGUCUUCACAACAGCAGUCUGAGGCUGACGAGAGACCAGACAACAGAGCACAGACAGAAGAACUUCACUACGGCAGCGUACGAUUC